AUGAUAGAUGAAGCUAAUGAUCAAACACAGUUGGCAGGGUAUAUGUCCUUGAUACUCUUUGACAAAGUCCCUACAGAAGUUUCACCACAGUAUAGAAGAAAUGGAAGGGUGAACUCAAUAGUUGGUCAAAGUUCUUGUGCCAAAAAGCUUUGUUUAGUUGAAUUGGAUGAUGUAGUAGAAGAUCAAGGUGGUGAUCAUGCUAAAUUGGAUGAUGUUGUACAAGAUCAAGGUGGUGAGAAUCCUAAAUUAGAUGAUGUGGUACAAGAUCAAGCUGGUGAGAAUCCUAAAUUAGAUGAUGUGGUACAAGAUCAAGCUGGUGAGCAUGCUAACAUGGAUGAUGUGGUUCAAGAUCAAGAGGUUGAGCAUGCUAACAUGGAUGAUGUGGUACAAGAUCAAGGUGGUGACCAUGAUAACUUUGAUUAUGAUGACUUUCAUUAUGAGAACUUUUCUCAUGAUCACUUUGAUCCUUUUGAUGGAGAACAUUUUCAACCACCAGAAGAUGAGAAUGUUGAAGACCAUCAGUCUGAACAUGAAAAGUCUACUGACAGUGAUGAUCUUGGGCAACAAUCAGAAGAACAAUAUGAUGAACUUGUUGAUGAUGAAAACAAUGUAUCAGAAGUGGAGGUGGAUAUGACUGGCUUUAACCUCAAUCUUGAUAAGGAUUAUGGUUGUGUUCAAAUGGAUGGGUUUCAUAACGGGGUUGGGACAAAUGAUGAACAUGAGGACAUAGAAGUCAUUGACAAUGAUAGAUGGGAUUCUUUAGAUGAAGGGUCAGAAGAUGAAAGGAAAAGAAGAUGUGUUCUUAAAAAUCUGGCUAAGGAGAAAAGAUGCAGUCUUGGCAAUGUCUAUAAGGCCAGUUUUUAUGUUGGGCAAAAGUUUAAAUCAAAGAAAGAAUUGAAAGAAAAAAUUGACAUGCACGCACUAGAAACUAGGAGGAAUUUAUAUUAUAAAAAGAAUGACAAGCUUAGACUUCGGGCAUUGUGUAGAGGUGUAGUCCCUGUCAUCAAUGCAAGUGGGGUGGUGGGCCUUAAUACCAAAAAUAAAAGCAAGGGCAAAGAGGUAAAUUCAGAAAAAGUAAACUGUAGUUGGUUCCUUCAUGCUUCUAGGUCAAACACAGAAUCUCCCUGGUUUGUAAGGACAUUAAAUGACAACCAUACUUGCCUUCAAAGUAGGAAGAUUAGAGCUUGCACUGCUACUUUUAUAUCCAAGCGAAUCAUGGACCAAAUCGACACGAAUCCAGGGAUUCCUCUUCGAGCAUUGCAGGAACAACUUCAAAAGGACUUCGAGGUUGGUGUUUCUAUUGACAAAGUAUUCAGGGCCAAGGCUAUUGCAACUAAGAUCGUGGAGGGUGACUAUACGAAACAAUAUGAGAUCUUGAGGGACUAUGUCCUUGAAUUGCAAGCAACCAAUGUUGACACAACUGUCAAGAUUGAUGUUUACAGUGAACAAAACCCAUCAAACCCAAAGAGGAGGUUUAAAAGAAUCUACAUUUGCUUAGGUCCCCUAAAAAAAGGUUUUAAGGCUGGCCUCAGGGAUCUUUUGGGUUUCGAUGGUGCGCAUAUGAAAGGACCAUUUCCUGGGCAGGUUCUAACAGCAAUUGGGUUGGACUCUAACAAUGGUAUUUACCCCCUUGCUUAUGUCAUUGUUGAGACAGAGAACAAAAGUAGUUGGGUAUGGUUCUUGCAGUGUUUAGGAGAAGACUUGGAUCUUGGUUCAAACUCUAACUUUACUUUUAUCACAGAUCGACAAAAGGGUUUAAUACCAGCAAUAGCCCAACUAUUCCCAUGUGCUGAGCACAGCAACUAUGACAAGGAGGCAUGUGAAUGGCUUAGAAAGAUUCCUCCAAAACACUGGGCAAGAAGCCAUUUUACAGGCAGAGCAAUCUCUGAUAUACUGUUAAACAACCUUUGUGAGGUAUUUAACAGCAAGAUAAUAGAGGGAAGAGAUAAGCCUAUCAUAGGUUGUUUGGAGUAUAUUAGACAAUACCUGAUGAAGAGAAUCUGUAAUGUUAUGAAGGUGAUGGACAAGGCAAAAGGGCCUUUAACACCCACUGCAACAACCAUAUUGGAUGUAAACAAGUCUCAUGCAUUACAUUACAUUGCUAGGUGGAAUGGGGGUGAGAAAUAUCAAGUCACUGGGGCAUCGCAAGACCAACAUGUUGUAGAUGUUAGGAACAACACAUGUACUUGCAGAAAGUGGGAGCUAAUAGGCAUCCCAUGUAAACAUGCCAUUGCAACCCUUUAUGAAAUGACCAAGAACUCAGAGGAUGUUAGUGACAUUUACAGGUGGGUCAAUAAGGUAUACUGGUUGGAUACAUGGAAGAAUGCAUAUUCCUAUAAGGUAGAGCCCAUAAAAGGAAGAAUAAUGUGGCCUAAAAGUUUGUGUCCCACCACACUUAUCCCUCCAAUACAUCAUAAGCAACCAGGUAGGCCUACAAAGAAGAGGAAGAAAAGUGAGGAUGACAAAUCGAGUCAGAGUCAAAGAGGGAGUCAAAGUCAGACUGGUACUCAUGGUGUAAGUCAGGAAGAAGGCUGUAAAGUGGGUCCUGAUGGAGUUCAAAAAUUAACAAGGAAAUAUGUCAGUGUAACAUGUGCAAAAUGCAAAAACAAAGGUCACAACUCAAGGACAUGCAAAGGUCAAGGAGGUGGAAGUUAG